AGAGGUCCAUUUCUUCCGUUAGAAUUGGGGCUUCCAUUGAUAUCCCCAUUGCAAGGAGGGCUGGCCAGCCCUUAAGGGGCACAAAUCAUGCAAGGCUUUGGAGCCUUUCCAGGAGGAGUGGUGUCUGUGACUUGGCUGGUAGAGAUUCUGAUUACUGCUGCUUGGUUGGCUGGUGGUAGACCUUGCUGUGGGGCACAGGUUCCUGCUCUGCCAAGGGUCUGAGUGUGAUAUGACCUGGAUCCAGUGCAUCUGGAAGGAUGAGAGGGGUGCAGUGUGCACAUCCACUGACCUCCUUCUCACUUAUAGUGGCUUUAGGUGGGGUACCUUUUGCAGUGCUGACAGCUGUCACUGCUCAUGUGACAACAUCCUUCAGUUUGUGCUUCUUUCUGUCUCUGAGAGGGAAAGGGGUGAAGGGAGGAGAGAUUCCCCUUCCAGCCCUUUUGGGGAGGAGUGUGUCAACAUGAUGCUCCUCGGGGUAAGCAGCAGCCUUUCUGUCUGACCCCAGUUAUGGCCACUUCCCCCCUUUUACAAAGGGAGUCUACUACAUGUUAUGGCUGCAAAGGGAGGAAUUUUGUAUAAUUUUGGACUUGUUAGGAAAACUUUUUCAAUAAAGAGCUUCAUGCCCAAGACUAUUUCAGGCUGCUGGCAGUGGCAGAGGAGACCUCUCAGAGAGCCAAGAAGGCAUCUGGGAGUGGAGUGAGCUAUGCUGUUCCUGGGGAAGUCUGUAUUGCUGUUGCUUAUGGAUGAACAGGCCUCAAGAGAACCACAUUCUCUGUUGCCUGAGACUAUUGUUAGCGCUACUUAAACCUAUAAAUCUUGGAAUGUUCUUCAAUAUGAGCCAUUUAGGUCUUGAGUCACUUGUCUCCGGAUACGCUUGUCUUGCUGAUUGUGUUUCAUGACUCUUCUACCCAAGGCAGCUCUUGCCAACAGCUGAGUCAGAUUGGAAAGGAGGAAGAACAAGCAUGAGGGCCUCCUCUGCUCUGAUCCUAUAGGGAAUCAAUGCUCCUGAGUUAUCAGGGUCCUGUGCGUUGCCCUACCCCUGGGAAUGGUUCACAGCAGUGUUUUCCCAUGGAGUGUCACUUCCCCAUGGGAAGGUCGUAGCUCAGGUCUUCAGGACUCUUACUUCUCUGUGUGUUGGGCCUCCUGCUGCGCUCUCUCCUGUUCCCUUGCCAACACUUAUUUACAAGCAUAUAAAUUAGGAACAGAAGGAGAUGUGCUGUGGAAGAAACUCUGAAGUAAGCAGAAACUUGGUGUCAAUAAGUAUGGCUGGCUUUUGUUGUUCCCUGGACUCUUCUGUGUGCUUUGAGUGGGAGAUGGGACUCGAUGAUCUGAAAUCUCUUCCAAUGUGAAUUUUCCUAUGUUUUCCCACAACUGUGAAGGAAAAAAUAUAAAGGUCCUUUACUGGCUGCACAUAUAUCUCACUCUUCUCUUGAGUAAUGCUUUAGAUUCUCCUGGGAAGCAAGGAUUGGGCUAUGGAAAUGCAGAGAACUGAUACUUGGACUGGAUUUAACUGUUUACGUGCUCUCCUUCAGAUUCUUGCCACAACAUUUUUAGUGCUCAAAGGUAUUUUUGAGAAGGGAGUGAUACUUAUGGUUAUCAUCCUUCCUCAUCCCAGACCCUCACUGGCAGAGCAGUGGUUAUGUGCCACAAAGUCACAGCUGCGGCUGAGUCCUGCAGAGUGUUCCACAAGGAGAGCUCUGCAGGGACAAUAUAUUUUGAGUGCGCCUUACUGUCAGCUGUUGUCUGCCCAGCUUCAGCUGUGGGGCUCUGCAGAGCCUCCUGAUCCCAUCUGGCUCUGGCCGGUGCGUCCUGCAUUGCUUUGUCUGGCAUCGCGCUUCCUCUGGGAUCCCCUCACCGCCACUUCGUCCUUGCUUUUACUGCCUACUCCUCGGAGCAUCUGAACCUGUCUUCCUCCUCCCGCCCUUCCUCUGCGUUUGUUUUCCUCUGCGCGCCGUUUUAUUGCAAUAUAAAUCUCCUGGCAAUUCCAAGUUGCAGUCCCAACUUUCCUGCCAGGAUUUGGGCCUUGCGGGGACGAGGUAGCAGCCUGAUAGGGUUCGGGGUACAGCACCCUUCGGGGUGCCGGCUGCCUCCUUGCAGAGCCUCAGCGCCUCGGGGAGCGCCCACACUUCAACAGGUUUUGGAGGCUCGCUUGCUGCUCGCUGCGCGUUGAGGCCAUGGCACCGCAGCUCACUGGAAUGGCAUCUCUCUCUCUUGUUGCCCUUGGACUCCUGCUGUCAGCUGUCCCUGCUGAUGCUGGGCUUUCUCAGAAGCAUGUUUCAGACGUCGUCGAUGACAGCAAAGACAACAUCACCAUUUUCACGCGCAUCCUGGACAGGCUGUUGGAUGGCUAUGACAACCGCCUAAGGCCUGGACUCGGAGACAGUGUAACUGAAGUCAAGACAGAUAUUUACGUGACAAGUUUUGGCCCCGUCUCAGACACAGACAUGGAAUACACCAUUGAUGUCUUUUUCCGACAAUCCUGGAGAGACGAGAGGCUGAAGUUCGAUGGUCCCAUGAAGAUCCUUCCUCUGAACAACCUGCUGGCAAGCAAGAUCUGGACUCCUGAUACCUUCUUCCACAAUGGGAAGAAAUCUGUUGCCCACAACAUGACAACACCCAACAAGCUGCUGCGCCUGGUGGAUAAUGGCACGCUCCUGUACACGAUGAGGCUAACCAUUCAUGCAGAGUGCCCCAUGCACCUGGAGGACUUCCCAAUGGAUGUGCACGCUUGCCCGCUGAAAUUUGGGAGCUAUGCCUACACAAAAACAGAGGUAAUCUACACCUGGACCCUGGGGAAGGAUAAAUCUGUGGAAGUAGCAAAGGGUGGAUCUCGCCUGAACCAGUAUGACCUGCUGGGCCAUGUUGUUGGGACAGAGAUGGUUCGAUCCAGCACAGGGGAGUAUGUUGUCAUGACCACGCACUUUCACCUCAAGAGGAAGAUCGGGUACUUCGUCAUCCAGACCUACCUGCCCUGCAUCAUGACUGUAAUCCUGUCCCAGGUCUCCUUCUGGUUGAACAGGGAAUCUGUCCCCGCCAGAACAGUUUUUGGUGUCACCACUGUGCUCACCAUGACCACGCUAAGCAUCAGCGCAAGAAACUCGUUACCUAAAGUGGCGUACGCGACGGCCAUGGACUGGUUCAUAGCCGUCUGUUAUGCCUUUGUGUUUUCUGCGCUGAUUGAAUUUGCCACUGUCAACUACUUCACCAAGCGCAGCUGGGCUUGGGAUGGCAAGAAGGUGUUGGAGGCCCAGGAGAUGAAGAAAAAAGAGCCAGUGGCACUAGCGAAGAAAACCAACAACACCUACAACAUAGUUGGCACCACAUAUCCCCUCAACAUUGCCAAGGACCCUGGCCUGCCCACCAUCUCCAAGAGUGCUGCUGCCACUGCUACUGCCACCAACGUACCCCCCAAGAUGCCCCGCUUAGAGGAGAAGUUCCCAGAGAGUAAGAAGACGUACAACAGCGUCAGCAAGGUAGACAAGAUGUCCCGCAUCGUCUUUCCAGUCCUCUUUGCCAUUUUCAACUUGGUCUACUGGGCCACCUACGUAAACCGGGAGUCAGCUAUCAAAGGAAUGAUCCCCAAACAAUAAAACGAAUCAAACAAACCUUCCAUCAGUGAGCACCAUCCAGGCAGGAAUUCUCCAGGGCUUUCUUCUUUUCCUGUUUUGUUUAAUUAUUUUUGUUCAUUUGAAAUUAAUACUAUUAUUACUAUUAGACCAUUCUUUUACAAUGUCAACAAAACUGUGAUUUUAAUUUAA